CACCAUCUCAUCCCCCGUAUACUAAGCCCCGCCCCUUUUCCCAUCCCCCGCAUACUAAGCCCCGCCCCCUUCCUCAGGCAAACUCUGACGCUGCUGGUGCUGAUCGCUCUCUCCGCCGUCGGGAAUGGUGGCGCCCUCGCCUUCUCCUUCGGGCGCCUCUUCCCCGCCUCCAGGAGUGGCAUCCGAGGGGCGCUCAUCAGAGGAUCCGGCGGCCAGAAGACGCCCUCGAACGUCCUGAAGGAGGCGGUGAAGGAGGCAUCCAGCGCGCAGAAGCUGACGACGAAGGCGACGACGAUGAAGCCUCCUGUCGUUUCGGUGACCAAGAAGCCGUCUCUGCUUUCCUUCCUGCAGAAGCCCCUGGUCACGGCCGCCCCUCAGAAACUGUCUCAACCCGUGACCAACUCUCCUAUCUUCUACAUCCGCCUGCCUCCGAAUCCCUACGUGUACGUCCCCGGCCUCGGCUACGUCUCCCCGAACAGCAACUCGUACAACUUCAUUCGCCCGGACGUCGAUUUCGUCAACAAUGGCAAACCAUCAAGCAUCUACCAUUUCAAGCCUUCUUCAACCAGCACGACGACUAUUCCUCCUCCUACUACAACCACCACUACGACUACUACAACUACCACUACUCCAGCGCCCACUACGAAGCCCGCACGACCUCUGCCUACCAAGAAACCGAGUCCGAUUACGUGGCUGUCUGGUCCCUGGUUCUUCAAUGGUCGCCCCUCGAACAUGUUUAUCUUCAACUCCCCCCACAACCCUGGUCACUUCGACAAGCUACACCAGACCUACAGCAAGCCAGGUGUCUACACUAAAUAAGUAGAUCCGACAGGUAGAUUUAAAGGUAGAUGAAUAAUAAGGGGAAAAGGAAAACUGUAGGUAUGUUUAUAAUACCUGCAAGUGUUCUGAUGUGAAAAGGAACUGUGGCAUUUCUUCCUCCGGUGAGAUUCUGUUCCUCUUGUGGAAUUUCUUUUUUGCAUAUAUACUCAAAGUGCGUUUAGUAUUUUAUUUAAGGGGUAGCUUAGGUAUACAGUCAGUUAAAUGGGGCAAAUUGCUUUCGUUAAUUUAUUUUUUUGAACAUUUCUUGUUCAAAAUUCUGGGAUUAAUUUAGGUAGAUGCAGUUAUGCCACGAAAAAAGGUGUUUGGCAACACACGAUUUUGUGAUCUAAAUUAUCAUUAUAUAUAUUACAUAUCCAUCAAAUAUAUAAAUACACAUAUAUAUAGUAUUUAACACACACACACACACACACACACACACAUAUUUAACACACACACACACACACAUAUUUAACACACACACACACACACACACACACACACAUAACAGCCAUGGGCUAUGUUAUACAAAAUGCAAUAUCAUUUCCACAAAAAAUAUAUGUCACGGUAAUAUUCAAUAACAUCCUGUAAUAAGACCACAAAUCGUGUUGGCUACACUUGAGCUGCGGUGAUUUUGGCCAAGCAGAAUAAUUGGCCGAGAAAAGUGAUUUCUAAGUCAGGAUUCAGAAGUGAUGAUGUGAGUGUGCCAUGAUGCCUGUGACGUCGCCAUCGUCCGAAUGUUUGGCAUGUGACGUGACAGCAUCGCCGGGGGUCCUGGUGGAAGCAAAACGUCCGAACACAGUGAUGAAACGCACACGCGAUUAAAACGAAAUUAAUGAUAAUGAUAAUAAAAAGUUUUGACAGUUUUGGGUCUUUCGUUAAGUGUUCAGCUUUGAAUAAGUAAAAUAUUAUGUACUAAUGCAGGGAGCUGUGUCGACAUCACUCGUUUUCGGAUUACCUUUAUUAUAGAAAAUAAUAUAUAUUGUUACUGUCUAUCGUCUUAUCAUUCGCAAUGUGUGGCAGGUUUGGAUAAGGAACAAAAUCGCUUUAUAUACUUCCAGUUACAUUUCGUUUGCUGUUAUUUCCAUGGUUUUUGGUUUUCUAUAUAUUUUUAUUUUUUUUCCCCACUGUUCAUUUCCUUGAGAUACGGUAUAAAUAACUCCUUAAAAGUCAUCCAACACAAUGGAAGAUUAUCUUAGACCGAAAAAAUAAUGAUAGGUAAACAGGACAUUAUUUUUUUUCAGUUGAUUAAUGCUUUUUAGCUUUGAUAUUGAUAUUGUCUUUUUUUUAAUUGAUGUAAUUUCUUAUAUAUUACAUCAAUUUGUUCAUGUUUUGUAAAGGAAAAUGUCAAAUAGCAUCCUUACUUACCUGCCGCAGCGACAGAUAAGAAUAUUAAUAUUUAUGAUGUCAGUAGUCUAUAGCCAUUUGUAUAUAUAUAUAUGUUGUGUUUUUUUGUUAUAUGUAGUCCCUUAGUGCUUCGGAUAAGUGAAAAAAAAAAAAUUUUGUUACAUAUUUAAAUGAUAUAUGUACUUUCUGCGGGAUCAGAUUUUGUUAUAGUGUUUUGCAAUAAAUAAUAAAA